GGGCCCACGCCCCGGAAACUCAGGACCCCCCGUCCCGCGGCCGGUCUUCCCGAAGCGGGGCGCCAGGCCGCUGCGGCAGAAUCUUGAAGGAUGUUUGUUCCAAGAUCCUUGAAAAUCAAGAGGAAUUCUAAUGAUGACGUCAAAAGCUGUGUAGCUAAGAAAAGUAAACCAGAAGCAGAUCUUCAGCUGGACAAGGGCAGAGAUGUUCCAGUGGAUGCUUUAGUGACAAAAGAAGCUGCUGCACCAAAUAGGUCCAGCAGUGAACCAGGAUCCUUGCCCAGUCCAGCUGGCCAGUUGGCUGAGGUCUGCUUGGUCGGACCUGAACAGAAUGUGAAGGAUGGUUGUCCAUCAGAAGAGCCUGUAAAGUCAUUUUCCAAAACUCAGCGCUGGGCAGAACCUGGGGAGCCAGUCUGUGUUGUCUGUGGUCGUUAUGGAGAGUAUAUCUGUGAUAAGACAGAUGAAGAUGUGUGUAGCUUAGAGUGCAAAGCGAAACAUCUGCUACAAGUUAAGGAAAAGGAAGAGAAACUAAAAGUCAGCAGCCCGCAGAAAACUGCCUGUGAGCCAGAGUCUCCACUGAACGAUUUUUACGUUUACAAAGAGCACCCCUUUAUUGUGAACCUUGGGGAGGACCAGAUUGAAAACCUUAAACAGCAGUUAGGAAUUUCAGUCCAAGGGCAAGAAGUCACCAGGCCCAUCAUUGACUUUGAACAUUGUGGCUUCCCUGAGAUCUUAAAUGACAACUUGAAGAAAUCAGGCUAUGAAGUGCCAACCCCCAUCCAAAUGCAGAUGAUCCCUGUGGGACUUCUGGGAAGAGACAUUCUGGCCAGUGCAGACACUGGCUCAGGAAAAACAGUUGCUUUUCUUCUUCCUGUUAUCAUCCGAGCUUUAUUUGAGAGCAAAACUCCAUCUGCACUCAUUCUUACACCAACGAGAGAGUUAGCCAUUCAGAUAGAGAGACAGGCUAAGGAACUGAUGAGUGGUCUGCCACGGAUGAAGACCGUGCUUCUUGUAGGGGGCUUACCUUUACCCCCACAGCUUUAUCGCCUGAAGCAGCAUGUUAAGGUUAUCAUAGCAACUCCUGGACGACUUCUGGAUAUAAUAAAACAGAGCUCUGUAACACUUGGUGGCAUAAAAAUUGUAGUAGUAGAUGAAGCUGAUACUAUGUUAAAGAUGGGCUUUCAACAGCAAGUGCUCAACAUUUUAGAAAACAUUCCUACUGAUUGUCAAACCAUCUUGGUUUCCGCCACGAUUCCAAGUAGCAUAGAGCAGCUUGCAAACCGGCUUCUGCAUAGUCCUGUGAGAAUCAUCACUGGGGAGAAGAAUCUCCCCUGCUCCAGUGUGCGGCAGAUUAUUCUGUGGGUAGAAGACCCAGCCAAGAAGAAAAAGUUAUUUGAAAUCUUAAAUGAUAAGAAACUCUUCAAGCCUCCAGUCUUAGUGUUUGUGGACUGCAAACUAGGAGCAGAUCUGUUGAGUGAGGCGGUUCGGAAAAUCACAGGGCUACAGAGCACAUCCAUACACUCGGAGAAGUCUCAAGUGGAAAGGAGAAAUAUACUGAAGGGCUUACUGGAAGGAGAGUACGAGGUUGUGGUGAGCACGGGGGUCCUGGGGAGAGGCCUAGACCUGGUCAGUGUCAAGCUGGUUGUGAAUUUUGAUAUGCCUGCAAGCAUGGACGAGUACGUGCAUCAGGUUGGAAGAGUGGGGAGACUAGGUCAAAGUGGAACCGCAAUUACCUUCAUCAAUAACAACUCAAAAAGACUCUUCUGGGAUAUUGCCAAAAGAGUGAAGCCUACAGGAUCCAUUCUUCCUCCACAGCUAUUAAAUUCCCCUUACCUCCAUGACCAGAAGAGAAAGGAACAGCAGAAAGAUAAACAAGCACAAAGCAACCUGGUCACAGGAGCAAAUCUUAUGGACAUUAUUAAGAAACAUGAUAAAAGCAAUCCUCAGAAGUGACUGGCUCUGCUGCUUGUAGGAGGUUUUUUUGUUGUUGUUUUUUUUGUUUUGUUUUUAGGUAUUAUCACAUAAACUUCUAUAACUUAUUACUGUACUUGACCUCAUCUAAAAGGCCAAGAAGUAAUUCUAUAACUUAUUAUUAUAUGAUUUGAAUAAUUGAGAAUGUACAUGAAACAGAAGAAUAUUUAAGAUUAUUUUUAAAUUUAAUAAAAUUUAUACAGUAAUGUAUUUAUGAUUCUCAUAAAGUAAAAUGUGAAAAUGAAUUGCUAAA